GGCAAAGCUGGUGCAGGAUUUAAAGUUCCUAUGCAGUAUUUCAGCCCUUGUCCUUGGAUCUACAGCUACAAACUAAGGAGAAAUGAGUGAGCAGACGGUGACUUAUGUGGACCUUAAGUUUUGCACUCUUCCAAAAGAGAAGACCAAACAGAAAGGAAAACCAAGCAGGAUCCCAGAAAUCAGCAAGCAGGAAGUGAUCUACUCAGAUCUGAAAUGUCGUGCUCCUUCCAAAUCACAGAGGAAGCCAACGCCUACAGUCUCAGAGAACAGAGAAUCUUGUUCUGAGUCUUUGUCAUGGCAACUCAUUGCAGUGAUUCUGGGGUCCCUCUCUCUGGUUUUGCUUGUAAUUUCAGGAGUCCUGGGUGCCUUAGUGAGACGUCAGAUUGAAAUCCUUUCCCAGCAAGAGGAAGUUCUGAAAAGCCUUACACAGUUGAAUGAAACUUUGGAAAACUGCACCUUGGAAAGGGAUAAUUUCAAGGCCCAGAACACAAACCUGAAAGGAGAAAAAUGCAGUGCUUACUCAGAUUGCUGGAAACCCCACGGCGAAAAGUUUUACUAUUUUACUAAGGAAAGGAAAAGCUAUCAGGAAUGUAAAGCACACUGCUCUUCUCAUGGCUCCAAACUACUCAAGAUAGAGAACAAGGAUGAGAUGAAUUUCCUAAACCCUCUGGCACAUUUCCAUUGGCUUGGACUAACCCGCAAAGGAAUUGCUUCAGACUGGAAGUGGGAGGAUGGCACACCUCAUCCCAUUAACCUGUUUCCAGUAAUUAAAUCACAGCCUGGAAAGUCCUGUGCAGUUUUCAACUCAGGACAAGCCUACACCAAUAGCUGUGAUGAGCAACGACACUGUGCGUGUAUGAAGAUAACUAAGUAACUGUGUUUGUUGCACCAGAACAAGGAGGAAUAGAGAAUCCAUGAGAAACACAACCAGGGAGGUCCCAAAGGCAGAGAGAAAUCAUUAACUUUUGAAUUAGUUAAGUUGCUUAUUUUGUCUGAGGAGCUGCAGUUUCCGAGGUUGUGGUAAAGCCCUUCCCAAAUGUUCCUUGGUGAACUAAGGACCAGUGGUCAGUGUGACUUGCUCCCAUUCUGGCUUCAUCUGGCUUUAUUUGAAAUUGGCAAUUUGUUCAAAAGUCAAUAAAUACCUUUUGUCUGGUGUU